AACAAUUUCGCGCAAAUUUCUAACCAGUUAAGAUCCAAGUCCGUUGUGGAUUUGUUUUAUUUGUUUGUUGUCUUAGAGGAGCUUAAAGCCGAGCCUGCUAUAGAGCAGCAGUUUACUGAAGACGAGUCGUGAAAUCGCAAUGGAUGAGAAAGAGGCGUACAAGCAGAGACUAAAAGCAGCUGUCCACUACACCGUCAGUAAAAUUUGCCAGAGCACAGCAGCGGAGUGUGAGAAGGAGAUAAGCAAGCAAGCGGUGGCUGCAAUUGCUGAAACCACUUUUAGACAAUGUGAGAUAUUUGCAACAGAUCUGGAGGCAUUUGCAAGACACGCCAAAAGACACACAAUCACCGCGGAUGACGUAAAACUUCUAGCACGAAGAAGCGCAGCACUGUCCAGCCACAUCCAGAAAAAGAGUGAAGAACUAGCAAUAAAUAACCAAGAGCUGAGGGAGAAGAGGAAGAAGAAUGCUGCCAAGAGAAAGAGUAAGGAGAUGGAAGGAAAUGAGGAGGAUGGAGCGGAAGAGACAGAGAACUGAUUCACAUGACCAUAAUCUCAUUGACUGACAUUGCCCAAGUAGAGCAGAAAUUUAUUACAAAGAAGAAAUGUCACAAAUGUCAUCUGAAUGCAAAUAUACAAGAACUGCAUCAAUUAAUUACUCAAAGCCAUGCCUCAAGAUUGUGUAUUUUAUUGUAAUAUAGAAGAUGCAAAACAUUUUCACUGCCUGUGAAUGUAAAAAUUGUGACUGUAUAAAACAGUGUGAAUAGGUAAAGAGUGAGACAUUUGGUAAAUAUAUAUGGAAUAAAGACUUUUUUUGUACCACAAA